CAGCGGCGAAGCGAGGCCGAGCGGAGUUUCGCGACACAUCCGUUAAGCCGGACGCGCAAAAACUCGCAGCUCGACGCCGACCGUCUCUCCCGAAGAACGACCCUGCCGGUUUCUCUCGUCGAUCAUCUCGCUCGACUUUCCCCCGACGUAGCUUAUUCCCUUCCUGAAGUAUCCUUUUAGUCGGGAAUUUUUGCUCCAUCAAGCGACAAUUUUCUUGAUUUUGACAGCGUGUCAUCCGUCAGGGGGUCGUUUCAAGGGUCUAGUUUCGCGCGAUAAACAAGAUCAUUCGCGAAAUUAGCGUUCAUGUUGUUAGUGAUGUAACACAAAUCUCUCUCUCUCUCUCUCUUUCUCUCCCUCUCUGCCAAAAUUUUUUGCCCCGUCAAACUUUUAACAUUAGAGCUAAGAUAACGAAAUAUAUUAAAUUCUGACGUAAUUUGACAUUUAUAUCUUCAUAUAAUUUACCACCACUUUGACUACGAUGUCUUCGUUGUUUUUAGCUGUGUUUAGUUUGGAUACUCGUAUAAAUUUAAUAAUCGAAAUAUAGAGAACAUUUGUAGCUUCGAAAUUCAAAUUAAAUUUAAGUAGGCGCAAACUAUCAUUAAGAGCGUCAAGGCGACAUCAGAAUUUCGACUCGGGCUUUUUCCCGAUAAACAAAGUAACGAGUAAUAUUCAGGCGUGUCUAUUGAACGACGUGGCGAGACGCCGGCGUGACAGAUAAAGAUCACCUGCUCUCUCUCCCUCGGAAAAGCUAAGCGCGGAAGUUUCACCGUUUUACACCCGGUGUACAAUUGUCCCGCUACGAUCUAUUUGCUCGCGCGUUAGUUGAAUCCGUAAUCCGAUGCGGCCGAUGGAUGCGGGGUAAUUUAGCGACCAACGGGAGGUACAGUUGUUUUCCCCGAUCCUCCCUCCCCCCUCUCGAUUGAUUGGCAAUUUGGCCGAGCGCACGUGAAAUCGAUUCGACGAGCCGCCGCCGUCGCUGCCGCCGUCGUCUAAAGUCAAUCGCGCGCUAACGAACGCAUAACUACCCCGAUAAUCGAGUGGAUCCCCGGUUCUCGCUACGUAUUUUCCGACGGGGAUGCACGGGCUCUGGUAAGUUUUCCGGCUCCGCUCGGGCACUGUAUAUAUGUGUACGUGCGAUAAUUCGGUGUCCCUCCUGUCGACUCGACCUGCGGAUACUCGAUAAUUUCGCUUUAACCGGAGCUAUUCCACCGGAGGCAACUUUAGUCGCGCAACGAGUGUACUUUAAGGAACGAUUCUACCGACUUUACGUGACCUUCGUCGCUCACUUUAAUCCGCGAAUUAAACGUAUGUCUUUCUUCUCCCUUUCGGCGGAGACGGCGGGAAACGACAGACGCGCUAAAUCGAUUAGAACGGUGAGUCGUUACCCCCUACGGGAUUAUCCGUAGAAGUUCGGUUCCCGGGAGUUUAGGGCGAGCGUCUCCCGUGAAAUUAGGUGGCGAGACCUUCGCCCCGUGUUUCGGGAAUGUGUCAGAGAAGAGAGAGGCGCAUCAAUUUCUUGGCAACUAUGUCGCCGGCGAAGAUGAGUACCAAAUUGCUUCACCCGCCCGGUCGUCGACAGUCGCCCCGGGAAUCGUCGUAACUUUUUUUUUUAUUCUCGCUCCCGAUCGAUCGCAAUAUUUUGAUCUCUCCACGCUGGUCGCGCUGCCGAAACGCGAUUUCAUUCUUAAUCUCAUCGAUCCGAACGUUCUAUCACGGCGUGAACCUUUCGUGGUAGACAUUUUUCCUCCGCCUUCUCUCUCGCACAUUCAUUUACUCACUCGCUCACUCUCUCUCUGUCUCUUUGCCAUCGAUCUGAAAAUUUUCGCUCGGUCCCGCGGUCACGGCAAUUCCGGGAGCCGCAAUUUUUCUCCUUUUUCACUGAUUUCCGCGACGAUCCUCGAAAUUUGCCGAUCCCACGCCGGAUUUUCGUACGCGAACGCGUGGAAAUAAUCUUUAUCCUUUCGGCGGGUGAGAGAGAUCCGGUUCGGAAACGGAACCGGAAUCUGGGCCGUCGGGCGAGCGAGGGAGCGGUGGGACGCGGACGGGGAUGCGCAUGUUCGCGCGGCCGAGAGGGCGAGCGCUAUAAACCGUUCCGGACGGUUCACAUCGCGGCGCGCUGCCACCGCGGCAACACGUUUCCGCGCGGCAACUCUGAAUUCGCCUGGACGAGCGCGUCUCGAAGAAGGAGGAGGAGAAGGAGGACGAGUGGGAGAGAGGAUCUCCCGCCGAACGGCCAGCUGUUGUCCGCAACCCCGAGGGCCUCCGGCCGUCGAAAGCCGACCCGUGUUCAGUGAUUCUCGUGUAAACGAUAAUUAAAUCCCCUCGACUUCGGAUUCGGACGGGAGCUCGCGUUUUUCUUUCCGAACAAAUCUGUGAGUGGACUAGCUCGAAGGAGGGAAAAAGCUGGCGAGGCAGAUCGUGACGAAGGAGAAGGUCUCGGAGCUGCUGGGACUAGCGCUGCGCUGGGCCAGAAUGUCGUUCUUCAGGGGCUUGUGGAAGAGCAGUUCGAAGCACAAGAAAUUAUGCGAGGAAUGGGCGUUGGCGAACAGCCGCGAGUGCGUGGAGGGUGGCAGCGGUGGUUCGGCGGGCACGACGCACGGGGAGGAAUCCGAGGACGCGUCCGAAGCGAGGUUCACCCUCAAAUAUUUGGGCAGCACCCUCGUCGAGACGCCCUCGAGCGAGGAGGCCACCGCGGAAGCCAUCAAGACCGUCAUCACCAUGGCAAAGGCAAGCGGAAAAAAGCUUCAAAGGGUUUCCCUGGCUGUGAGUUUGAGAGGGAUUAGAAUGACGGACCUGGCUACCGAGGAGGAUCAGCUUCAGGUGUCGAUAUACAGGAUCUCCUACUGCUCGGCGGAUGCGACGCACGACCACGUGUUCGCGUUCAUCGCGACGAAUCUGAACGAGACGAUGGAGUGUCACGCGUUUCUCUGCCCGAAGAGAAAAAUGGCGCAGACCGUGACACUGACCGUGGCGCAGGCCUUUAACACGGCUUACCAAGCUUGGCAGUUGUCACAGUCCGAUCCCAGGAUCCAUCACACGCAGGACAAGAGUCCACCGCUGACGGGCGACAGGAUCGAUAACAACGAGAAGAAGUGCACCGGCGGCGAGACCGGCAAGAGCACCGGCAAGGUAAACGAGCAGAACAAGCAGAACGGCCAACGACACAACGACAGCCAGAAGAAUCUGCUGAUCGAUCUGUCGAACGAGCCGAAGCCAGCGGGAAAUUCAUGGGUGUGCUUCGAGGAGGACUCGGACGUGAAGAAGAACCAGAAGAAGAACACGGCCAACAGCAUCCCCAUGACCACGCUGAGGCAUACCAGCGCGUCCACGCCGGCUCACCACGUGGUGCCCCGACCGAGCACCGGUUUCAAGGUGCAGAAUGCCUGGGGCGAGUCCAGGUCGGUUGACCUGAUGUGCUCGUAGCAGGGAUAGCCGGCGGCCGACAGCUUCAGGGACGUGCCGUUGAUCACCGGCCUCUGGAAGCACCUCUCAAACAACGGCCAACCGAACAAGUCCAACCAGGGCGACCGUUAGCAGGCUCUACUACCGCGCGCGCGCUAUUAUUCUCCUCGUCGCGGUUCCGAGUUCGCGAAGAAGCGAGGACUCUCGUCGACGAGAUCGCACGUUAUAUCGGUGCAUUUGUUUCCGAUCGAAUGCUGAUGAUGGCGGAUAGUGGCGAGAGAAAGAGAGAAGGAGAGAGAGAGAGAGAGAGAGAGG